ACACAUUUUAUCACACCAGCAGGCCCUAUGCCAAAAGUAUCUACUGAACCUUUGAGCACUGUCAGCACUGGCCAAACCACAUUGGGGAUAACAAACAUAGCCUCGAAACCAGAUCGGACACCUUUUAUAAGCACGGACAAGGCUCUGGAUGGAUUUACGUGGUUAAAGCAGACAGCAGGACCGUCAGAAUUUGGAGGAGUGCGAAGUUUUGGCCCAGAUCCUACUCCCACCCUGCCAGCAGGGGGCUUUGCAUGGAUGAAAGGUGUAAAGGAAAUGGGGAAGAGUGCUGAUCUGACAACACGAGAGAGAUACGCUGAGCUGACAACAUCGGCUAGCGCGCCGACUCUCAGGAACACAGAAAUGCCCACUACUACAUCUGAGGACUGGCUGACAGACCUUUCCCAAGAAUCUGCACUCCCUGACUGCAAUGCGGAACGUUCUGGAAUCUGUGGUUCUUCUGACACUUGGCCCACCACCACUGUCCUGAGCAACAGCAGCAAAAAUUACAGUACAACCACCCCCUCCACCAACCUCUCUCAAAGUCCCAACCCAUUUCCAGUCCCACCUAUGUUUGUGGCACUGAAUUCUGAUUGGAACAAUGCCCUGGCAACAUGGGGUUCAGCGUGGGAAGCACACAUCUAUGGCCUGGGCACUGUGUUCUGUCUAGUCGCUUUGGCCUCCACCCUAAACCUUCUGUGCCUGCCCCUACAGUAUCCAUCAGGCUGUGGCUACUUUGCUCUGGUUAGUCUCUGCCUGGUGGCCACUGGCUGCACUAGGGCCUUUGCCCUAAUGUAUGAUGCAUAUGGAUACCAGGACCACAUGGCAUCAACAGAGGCUUCACUGUUACUUUACGAGGCACCAUUUCCCUGCAUGACUGCCGCCUUUGGUCUAGCUUUCCUGCUCCUGUCAAUGCGCUCUCAAAUGCAGCUGUCCUAUUCCGCCUUUCAGAGACCUUGUUUCCUGGCCUGCUUGGUGCUUCUGCACUUUACUGCUGCCUUUGGCCCUGUUGCAUUACUCCAUGUUGACCAGCAGGUCUACCUGUUUCUGUCCUUAAUCUCUCGAGGUGCCUUUGUGGCUCUGGCAACUUUCCUAUCAGCUGCAUAUUUUGUGUUCUACUGCUAUGUUCGUGCUGACUCCAAGCAUAUUUAUCAUCUGAACAACACAUCACCAACACCAGCCGAACGUUACAACCGUUGCCCCUUUGCAGAAAGCAGAGAUUGGAACCGGGCAGCAGCCGCAGUGCUUCUCUGUGCUGUCUUUUCUCUGGCUUGUGCAGGGUUGCAACUCUAUGCCAUGCUGCAUGCUCUCGGAAUUGCUGGAAGCGCUGAGUCCUUUCGGCCUUGGCCGUGGUGGAUUUUCCAGUUCAGCUGCCGAGUUUGUGAAGCAGUGAUUUGCCUCACACUGGUUCUGGUAGUUGCUCAACCAGUUUACUGCUCUGAUCACCUUCCCCAGGCAGGCAGUUGCUGGACAGAACUCCUUGCAGUAAAGUCACCUAUCAUUCCAGGGAGCUACCAGUGGACUUUGUCUCAUCAGGAGAAGCUGGCCAUCUGUGAUCCAAUUGGGCAUGGAGAGUCAGAGUGCCUACCUUUGUACACAUUGGUGGAUGACCGUCUCGGCAGCUUGAAUGGCCUUGACCUUUUAUACCACAGCAACCGGGCAUUGGCCUAUCGUGACCUUGACCUGGACUUGCCCAACACUCAAGCCAACACUGGUGCCCCUUCUGUGGGUUCAUCCUGUACCAGCGACUCCACAGCCGACCUGCGCCCUCCUUCACCCAUAAAUCUGCGUCGAAGCAUUGAUGAAGCACUGUUUAGUGAAUCUCUAUUUCCCAUGAGUCUCUUCAGCCCCUUACGGCCCUUCACUUCUAGUGACCGCUCGCUGAAUGGUAGAGAGACCGACUCCAGCGGUGCCCAAACCCUGAGAGACACUCUUACUCUUGAUCCAGGCCUAUACCGAACAUCUUCAUAUGUGGAAGUGCUACCCCAAGUUCUCCUUGCUUCUCAAGCCCAACCAGAUGGUCCAUCAUUAGGUUUUCCUCCAUCCCCAUCACCCUCACUGUCAUCUUCUACUCGCUGCUCAUCUCCUGAGCGCUGGAGAGGCAGCUCCAGCGCCUGUUCCCUCUACAGACAGUCUCUGGGUGGCUCUUCUUUGGUUUUGUGCUCUAGUCCGGAAGGACACCAUCCACCACCCUCUACCCUCAGUGGGGGUUCCAGCCACACUGCCAGCUCUGGUCACCAAAGGGGAAGCGCACAGAGACCCUACAGAACAUUAAAGUCAGAGGAGAGUAUGGAACAGCAGUCAAAGUUUGACCAUUCUGUCCAAGAAGAUUUUAUCAGUGUGUGCAGACAGAUCGAUGCUCUGAGCAUCUGCAGUGAGACUAUUGACCUCUAGGGGAGACCUCUACUUUCAACAAAACAAAACUAAAUGAUGUAAUUUGAAGAAACCAAAAGAGUUUCAGAGAUAUGAUUAACAGAUAAUGGACAAAUCAGGUGAUAUGGUGCGUCUGUUUGCCAGCAUGUCAAAACAUUUGCUCUGUGUAGACACAGGUAAAUGUUUCGUGGACUAGAACUGUGCCAAAUGAUUCAUUUUGUAAGGGUUGGUUUGUUUCUGUCAGGUAAGUUCUCCAAAGAGACGGAUUCUGAAGUCAAUAUCCUUGUAAAGGUUUAAGAUGUGCUACCAAUUGCCAGAAGCUUAGGCAGAUUUUGUACAAAGGUUCUUUGAUGAUUGAUAAAUUUGUAAUUGUAAAACAUUUGUUUGAAAAUUUCUAUGAUGCUUAACAGUUGACUUUUGUAUGAAUUUUAACAAAAUCCCUUUUUGGUCUAUAUGAUUAAUACUGUGAGAGUGCGAACUACUGAUAACCAUACUAGGCAAUCUAGCAUCAGGAAAAAGUUUCAAAUUAAAUACAGUAUAACCUGCCAAUCCAAUUUUGUAAACCUUUAGAAAUGUUCAUUGUGCUUCUGGUCUUCAGUUGCAGAGUUAACUUCAAGUCCCUGUAGUUUUUGCAACAGUGCAUUAUGUUGAAGGGCCUAAAUGUUUUAUCAACUGAGAGGGAGCUGAGAAGAUUAGAGAAGGAUCCAAGUAUUCUUACAGCACACUCUGCUGAUAGCUACAGUUCAGUUGCUCUGUAGCACUUAACGGACUGAACUAUAGCCUUACAUUUUUUCUUUUAAUAGUGUAUAUUUGAUAUAAACUACAAUUAAUCAUAUAUGUAUCCGCCAGGUCUUAUGUCAUGUCUUCAAAAACGCUAUACACUGUUACUUAAUACAUAUUCAAAAGAAGAAAAAAAUAAUUUGUAUAUUUUAUAGCGUGCAUGUUCUGAAAACGUGUGAGAAACUGCUGAUGCAUCUAUUGUUUGUCAUUAGAGGCUGUUGGAGAUUUCCAAUAAAUAUACUGAAAACUGA